UCUCUCUGUAGCUCUCCUCAGAAACUCUGCCUUUCAAAUAAAAAGAAAGAAAUCUUCCAACAAGCAGACUUGUUGUGCCCUGUUCCCCUGAAAGCCUCCUGUGUCCUUAAGGAGGAACAGCUACAACACCCUGUACUGCAGAAAUUGGGGAAGACUGUGGAAACCAGGGAUGAACGGUUUGAACAAUGUGCCAACAACUUCUACCAACAACAGGCAGAAGGCCACAAGCUCUACAAGGACCUGAAGAGCUUCCUCAGCGCGGUCAAAGUGAUGCGGGAAAGUUCCAAGAGAGUGUCCGAAACCCUGCAGGAGAUCUACAGCAGCGAGUGGGACGGCCACGAGGAGCUGAAGGCCAUCGUGGGGAAUAAUGACCUUCUUUGGGAAGAUUAUGAAGAGAAACUGGCUGACCAGGCUGUGAGGACUAUGGAAAACUACGUGGCCCAGUUCGGCGAGAUUAAGGAGAGAAUCGCCAAGCGGGGUCGGAAGCUUGUGGACUACGACAGCGCCCGACACCAUCUGGAGGCAGUGCAGAAUGCCAAGAAAAAGGAUGAGGUCAAGACCACCAAGGCCGAGGAAGAGUUCAACAAAGCCCAGAGUGUGUUUGAAGAACUGAACCAGGAACUGCUAGAGGAGCUGCCUGUCCUCUAUAACAGUCGCAUUGGCUGUUACGUGACUGUCUUCCAGAACAUUUCCAACCUGCGGGAUGUCUUCUACAAGGAGAUGAGCAAGCUGAACCACAACCUGUACGAGGUGAUGAGCAAACUGGAGAAGCAACAUUCCAACAAGGUCUUUGUGGUGAAAGGACUGUCCAGUAGCAGCAGGCGCUCUUUGGUCAUCUCGGCGCCAGUUCGAACAUCUACAGCCUCCAGCCCUCUCACCCCACCUACCAGCCCCUCUGCGUGUUCCUUGACUGGAGAGACGGAAUCUGUCUCAUCCAGUGAAGAGGAGCUGGCAGCUGAUGCAGGCCAAGAGGAAGACAACAAAGAUGAGGAAGUGGCUGAGGAAGGGUUUGAAGUAAGCUCUUCGAAGGAGGAAGAGCCUCCGCCAGCCUGCAAUGGUCCAGCUGAGGCCCAGCCCUCUGCCACCGCUGAGUGUGGCCAGGAGGAGGUUCUCCCUGCCUCCCCAGCUGCAUCACCAGACACAGCCCAGACCCCUUCCGGGCAGCCUUCAUCCUCAGUCCCAGAGGUUGUCCUCCGAACCCGCGCCUCAAGUGAAGGAGCUGAACAGCCAAAGAAGAGAGGUUCUAUUCAGAGGACCUCCGCACCGCCAAGCAGGCCACCUCCUCCCCGAGCCACUGCCAGCUCCAGGCCCUCCUCAGGGAACGUUCCAGCCUCUGGAGGGGCUUCACCCACUAGCCCCAGAGCCUCCUUGGGGACUGGGGCUCCAAGUCCUAGGGCCUCCUUAGAGGCCUCUCCUCACCCAGAGCCGCCAGAGAAGCCAACCAGAGUUCCUGAGGCCAAAGAAAAGGAAGAUGCCCAAAUUCCAAACCCAGAGAAACUCUGUGCUUCCCCCAGCCUGGUCUCUCAGGAUCAAGACCUUGAGCUUCAGGCUUCUGCAGGUCCAGAAGAAAACAGCACAGCACCUGAACCUCAGCAGGAGGUAAGGCACCAGGUGUCCACAAGUCAGAAUGCAGAGCCCUGAGAGAAGCUGCCAGGACGCCCAGUGCACGCGCGCCUCCCCGGAGCUGCUCCUCGGCCAGAGGGGCAGAGAGCCAGCACACAGCUCUAGGCUCUCAGCGUGGCAGCUGGUGGCCUCUGUCGACCUGGCACUAGGGAAGGCUAAGCAGCAGGCAGCCUAAGCAAAGACAAUGUUAGAUUCCAGGAGUAUUUAAUGUACGUUUUAGCAUUGUUCAAAGAAAAAGGUUUUAUCAGUUAAAAUAUGGCUAAUGUGACUAUAAAAAGUCACAAAAUCUAUACACAGACACGUCAUGAUAUGCACACUCAGAGGCUAGUGAACAAAUCUUUCACUUACCACUCAUUUUGCAGGACUUAAAAGGACAGAUGUUCAGGUUCUUAAAUAAAGUAGGAUUUGGCUCUG